AUGGAGUCCAAGCUGCAGUCGCUCAAAGUGGCGGAGCUCAAGCAGCUGCUGACGGCGGCCAACCUGCCCGUGUCGGGCAACAAGCCGGACCUGAUCCAGCGCCUGCUCGAGAACCCGGCGGCGACCACCAGCCUCACUGCGACCGAGCCGUCGUCGGACCUCGCGCCCUCGGACGGCGUCGCGGCCGAAACCGACGCCCAGGUCGGGCAGAAUGUGCCUGCCGCCGGAUCCACCGACGCCGCUGCGGGCGGGCAGGCGAUGGUCGCUGCCCAGCCCGAACCCGUCGCCGCCACCGCCACGCAGGCUAGCACCGUAUCUGGCGCCGGCAACGGCAACGGCGCAUCCGCUGCGGCGCUCCCCUCUGCAGACGCCGCUGCCGCCCUCUCCAACACCGCAGACCAGGCCUCGGCCGCCGCGGCCGCGACGCCGGCAGCACCGGAGCCGACGGCCGAGGAGAAGCGGCAAGCGCUGAUCGACGAGCUCGAGAAGCGCAAGGCGCGAGCUGCCAAGUUUGGACAGCCCCUGGGCGAGGCGGAGCGCAAGCUGGAGCGCGCCAUCAAGUUUGGCAUCGACCCGGACCAGGAAAAGGCCGUGGCCAGGCUGGGUCAGGCGCUCGGCUCGUCGUCGACUAGGGGCAAAAAGGAGCGACCCGCUGCUGCCGCCUCCGCCGCCUCCGCCGCCGCCGGCGCCACCAAGGCAUCCGCCAAGCCGCAGGAGACCGAGGAGCAGAAGGCGGCGCGACUCGCUGCGAUGGAAGUCGAGGCGGAAAAGGCGCGGAAGCGGGCAGAGCGGUUCGGCAUGGUCAAGCCCGCCGACCCGGAGGAGGAGGAGAGGAAGCGGAAGCGCGCCGAGAGGUUCGGCGUGCCCGCUGCGGCUGCCAACGGCGAGCCGCAGGAAAAGAAGCUCAAGGAGUGA